UGAGUGAAAGAUGAUUGGUUCAAACUUUGGAUAGUCUUGUAACGUUUGUCAAGUUAUUGUUAGUUAGUAGUCAUGUAAAAGUUAAGCAACAGCAAGCGCGACUUCUGGUUCUUUCUCAAGUUUCCAUGUGGAAUGUCGCUGUAGUUAUUAUUAUUUUUUCCCCCCGGAAUGAUUUCAGCUAAUUAUAAAGGUAAAACUUCCUCCGAUGAAGAAGAUGAUGAUCAGGGUUCACGGUCAUCUCCGCCGGAGCCUUCAGUCCAGACGCAAAGUCUGUCUUUCAGCGUCGAAGCCCUCAUGUCGAAGAAAGGACGGAGUGAGUCAGCUUCACACGAACCGAUUCCGAUGCCCUGCGUAAUAAAUCCGGACGCUCGAUCAGUGAUUUAUUCAGAGUCAGUGGAUUUCCCAAAACACUGUGAAUCUGUCAAAGAGGACUCUUCCUGGAUCAAUAAACCCAGAUUAUCACCACGAGCGCAGAGUCCCGCGACAUGCACCCUCCGAAAGCACAAGACGAACCGUAAACCCCGGACCCCUUUCACCACCACUCAGCUCUUGGCCCUGGAGCGGAAGUUUCGUCAGAAGCAAUACCUGUCUAUCGCAGAACGCGCCGAAUUCUCCAGCUCUCUCAGCCUGACCGAGACCCAGGUGAAGAUCUGGUUCCAGAACCGAAGAGCGAAGGCCAAGCGGCUGCAGGAGGCAGAGCUGGAGAGGCUCAAAAUGACCAGAAAACUCAUCUUACAUCCCGGCCUCACUCUGCCGUUUCCACUCUGUACGCAGACCCAGACAGCAGCUCUCUUGUGCGGACAGUCUUUCCACUUCAGCAGACAUAUGCUGCCCUUUGCACCUGCAGGAAUAUACUCCACACCGGUGGGUUACAGCGUGUGUCCUCUCUCCAAAGACGGCUUCUCUGUGGAGCCAGUCUCGAGGAUCUAAUGCACCAACUUGAACUAUUCAUGGAAACACUUCUGGUUUAUCUGCUGGACAUACCGAUGUUUUUAUGUUUGAUAGGACAUUAUAACAUUUUAUGUAUGCUUAGGAUUACUUUUUAUAUUCUUUUUUUUUCAUUUUUGAAUGUGACAUUACACUCUUAAAAAUUAAGGAUCCAAAAAUAAGUUUUCUGAUGCUAUAGAAGCAUUCUGGGUCCAAAGAACCAAGUGAACAGUUUUUAAAAGAACCACUUUCUUAGCGUAAAUAACAUUGAAAGACCCUUUUAUACCAUGUGAAAGUUCCAUGGAUGUUACAGAACCAAAAGAUUCCAAUAAAGAAUCUUCAUUUUUAAGAGUGUAAUCUACUUUGGAAGUCACAAAGAAUAAAUUAAAUGUAGAUUUGCAGUUUUUUUAUUUUUUUCAAGUGUCACAAAAUGUAAUGCCAUUCUUGUAAGUCUUCUCUAACUUCCAGGGCAUUUUAGGAUAUGAUAUUACCCAAUACUUCGCAUUAAAAUAUUGAUCUUAGUGUGAUUUUGAGUCACACUAAAGAAAAUGUCAAAAUACAUUAAUUAUUUUACCACAUAAACUUAGAAUAAAGUAUAUUUGUGUCACAAAUCCUAAUUUAGAAUGUGUUCAUGUCAAGCAAAAGUAACCUAAUAUGGUCACACUUAAAGGGCGAAUUCUCACUAUUAACUGGUCUUUGCCUCAAUAAACUUAAAUAAAAAUAAUUUUCUGCUUAUUAAUAGUUAGCAGUUAAGUUUAGGUAUGGGUGAGGGAUCUAAAAUAUGGUCAUGCAGAAUAUAUGUGCUAAUAAGUACUAAUAAACAGCCCACAUGCUGGUAAUAUGCAUAGUUAAUAAGAACUGGUCCUUAAAAUAAAGUGUUACCCACAAUAUAUAUAUAUAUAUACUUUGUAUUUACAUUUAAGAAAUUGAAUUCAAUUUUAUUUAUAGAAUUUGCUGAUUUAGAGUUAUGAACUAUAAUAUACAGGCCGGGUGGAAAUUUUAGAGUCAAAUCUAUUAAGAUUAAACAAUUUUGAGUGUUUUAGGCAAACUUUGGAGACAGAGAUCAGCUCAGCCUUAAAUCCACAGGACUGCUAAUGCUUUUUAAAUUGAGCUGCUGAAAAGAGGCUUUUAAGCGUUCAUGCUCAUAAUCAGUGGAAAUGUCGGCUGACCUGUGCAGCUCUUUUCAUGCUGGUGGUCCCAGGAAAGUUAAUUAAACGGUGUCAUUACAUGAUGCACUAAAACACCGGGUCAGCCGCGUAAGUAUUUCAGUUUGUAAAUCUGCAACAGAGGAAUGUGUUGACCUGAUGCUUUUCUAAAAUGAUCCAAAUGUAAUUUAUGACAGAUUAAUUGGCUUUGUUGCACAGCUGACUUUCCAUUAAAUAAUCUGUAAUCUUCUGCUGGUGUAAUUACAUAUACGUGGGGUAUCUAGACAGAAAAAUAGCCCGAUAUAAUAGCCCCCUUCAGUCACAGUCACUGAGCUGGAGUGAAUUGAACACAACUGCUUAUUUUCCGUAGACACCAACCGUGUCUUAGCAUGCCCCUUGAUAGGUCUUCUCCGUCUGGUCUACACUUUUGAAAACUUUGUAUUGUGAUUUGACGUUGAGCCUUAACUGAUGGUGAAUGCCGAGCUGUACAUCAACCAGACCCUUUAUUAAUUGUCCUUACCCUCCAAGUUUAACUCCACCGGUGUGAAAUGGUGUAUGCUAAGAGCUCAGUGAUAAAGAGUUGAAAGCAUUACAUGAUUAGCUUCACCUUCUUUUGCUCACUUAACUGUGGCGUUGUCUGGCACUGACUAAGUGUUUCUCGUUACUGAAUGACCAUGUUACAAUUAGUGGUCAUUUCACAGUCCAUUUCUGGUUCUUUGUUUUUAAAAAGCUGCAACAUUAGUUUGAUAACUGAUCUUUCUGACUUUUUUUUUUUCUCUCUUGACUUGGUUUCACUCCUUCUUGGUUGAAGUUUGAAAGAUCUUCAUGCCAAGUUUUACUGUCUGUGCAGGCCAUUGAGUAGAAAGCUUUGAUCCUGAGUGACUACGACUAGGGAGGUCAACAAAUUAGUUUUUUUUUUUUAUUAUAAGUCAUGCAAAUGUAGAACUUAAGACUAUUAAACACUGAGCCUGUGAGAAAAUAAAAAAGUUUACUAAAUAAUAGCCUCCCAGUGACCCUAAAACUGAGCAUUACUUUUACUUGGUAACAUUUGACAAUAUGGUUUUGUUAGUUAAAGUUGGUAAAUGCAUUAACUAACAGUGAGCAAUACAUUUAAUUAAUCAAUUAAUAAAACUACUGUUAGUUAAGGUCUAGGCUAGCUCAGGCCUAUUAAAUAAUAUGAACAGAUGCAACUUUUGAAUCUUAAUAAUGUAUUGGUUAAUGUUAACAUUAAAAAACUAAGAUUAAUAAAUGCUUUAGAAGUAUUUUUCAUUGUUAGUUCAUGGUAACUAAUUCUAACAAAUGAAACCUUAUUGUAAAGUGCUACACUUUUUUAUAUAUUUAUUUUUUAUUGUGUAUAUUGUUUGUAGCAAUUGAACUUAAACGUAAAAAUGCACAAUGCAUUUAAUUGAAACAAAGCCACUUUUAUGUUUCACAUCAGAAAUAAUGAUAGAAAACAAGAAAUAUGACUGGAAAAAUAUAUUGCCACUAACAUGUGAUUGUGAACCCGGGUAUAUUUUAUGUCACACAGAUGUUGUGCAAUGUUUUUUACUUUCUCAAGGUGGGACUGUAAUCUUGAUGCUAAAAUAUAUUUAAAAUGCUUUCAUUUAAUAUG